GCACUUCAUUCACGAUCUUACGACGUGAUCAUGUCAUCAUCGUCAUGAAUCACGCGUAUGUGAUGUACUACGAAUCCCGUACUAUACACUAUGCACUGGGUGUACGUGUUUUCAACCCACACAUGACCAUGAAUAACCGGACCCGAUAUUGCACAUCUUCAACGACGUAGACUAGUGUAUUGCAACCCACUAUUCCACUAACAAAGUAACAAAAUCAGUUAUCAUGAUAAAACCCUGACGAGUGGGGUUUUCUUUUAAUCAAUUUGUAAUCGAUAAUCUCGGUCUAGUAAAAAUAUGGAUUUCUGGAAUUUGUAUUUGACGUCGAAUUUCACUUUAGGACUUGCCUAUUUCUUCGUGUGCGUUGAGAUUGUGUGCUUGUAUGUAUUCCACUUGGUUGCCAUUCUCUACAUAAAAUUAUGCAUGCACAGAAAACCAAGCAACGUAGUGAGGGAAGAACUCCCUGGCGUCUCGAUCCUGAAGCCUCUAGUCGGUGUCGAUGCCAACCUAGAAGACAACUUGGAAACCUAUUUCAAUUUGGACUAUCCAAAGUUUGAGCUCAUAUUUUGCAUACAAGAUGAAAAGGACCCCGCUUGCAAUGUAGUGAAAGCGCUCAUGGAAAAGUUCCCUCAUGUGGACGCCAGGCUUUUUGUGGGUGGGUCUAGGGUCGGAAUGAAUCCCAAACUCAACAACCUGAUGCCUGGCUACAGUGCGGCUCAGUACGACCUCAUCAUGAUCAGCGACAGCGGCAUUAGGGUAUAUAGCAACACUUUGACAGAAAUGGUGUGCAAAAUGACGCCCGACGUGGGUUUAGUUCAUGCGAUACCAUAUUGCUGCAACAGGAAAGGUUUCGGCGGCACACUCGAAAAGGCCUACUUUGGCGGGUCGCACACUCGGAUGUACAUCUGCUGCAACAUGGUUGGAGCCAUAUGCGUGACGGGGAUGUCCAACUUGAUACGAAGGACCGUGUUGGAAGAGGCUGGGGGCUUCACGGAACUAGGCAAAUAUAUAUCCGAGGACUUCUACAUGGGAGUUGCUGCUGUCAGAAGUGGUCUUUCUACCAGAAUAAGCAGCUUUCCUGCGAUGCAGAAUUCAGCAAACACAUCGCUGGAGUCCUUUGCUAAACGCAUGGUCAGAUGGACGACGGUCCGCACCUCGUCCGUUCCUUCCAUUCUCAUACUGGAGCCGUUCUCCGAGUCAAUCCUGUGCGGGCUUUGCUGUACGUUGGCCGUCUAUUACCUAUUUCACUGGGAUCCUAUUGUCUUCUUCAUGGUGCACAUGCUGCAGUGGUUUCUGCUCGAUUAUGUACAGCUGCGUACCAUGCAGGUGGAACCACUUAACUGCUCCAAAUUCGACUACAUGGUCGCCUGGGUCUACCGGGAAUGCUCCACACCGUAUUACUUCCUGAGAGGAUGCCUCGGCAACAAGGUCAAGUGGCGGACGGGAACGUUCCGUGUCAAGUGGGGCGGCUAUCUCGAAGAGGUUCAUUGACCCCGGCUCAUGUUGUAAGCACAUAUCUAGGUACCCAUUUCACAAGCUUUAGUUCCGUCUCCAACUAUGGCCAAGUUCGGGCAAGGACCAUUAGUCGACUAGUGGUUGAUUUGUGACGUAACUUACGCCUGCGCACUAAUAGCAACGUGCGAACGUCUCUAGUCAAACGCUGGUCAAAAAUGUCAUGGCAAAACCUCUGGAUCCUGGCUCCCUGCUGUACGUUAUGAAUGCGCGCGGCUAGAGGUUACCAGGGAUGCAACCAGCCCCAGUAGGUUGGUUCCAAAUAGUCGACUAGCGUAGUCAACCACCGUCGACUAGACAGAGUUCGAGCUCACUUUAGUUGAACUUUGGUUAACCA